UUUGCCGCGCCUGCGCAUUGCGCUGUAUCCGGGUCCUGCGCUGUGUCGGUCGGCGGGAAAUGGCGGUCGGGAUUUAGCAGCUUCGGGCCGGAGAGACGGAGGACACCGACCCCGGGAGGACGGAGAGGAGCUCGGCCAGGCAUCGCCGGCCCUCCGACACCCACCCGGGACAUCGCCGGGAUACCGCAGCUUUUAUGUGGCUCUCAUAAAAAAAAAUGAGGCUCAGGACGCGGAAGGGGUCUCCGCGCAGCAGUCACGGCGGGCCUGCCGGGCGCACUGCUCGCACCAAGAGGAAGCACUCGGAGGAGGAAGAGGAGGAGGAGAGCUCGCCUCUGGGAGACAAGCUGCCCAAAGCCGACACCGGUUUACUUUCUACCAUCAAAAAUUUCAUCAAAGGCAGCACAACAAAGGAGGAUCGUGAGAAUCCCCCAAAGAGGAGUCGGUUGGAGCGCGACCUCGACCUCAUCACCUCAACUCCACGUACCGGUGACAAGCCGAGCAAGCCCAUCGCCCGCGUCAGACGGAAAAGUCAAGUCAAUGGAGAAGCAGCGAGUUAUGAGCUGACAUCUCAACAUGUGAAGCAGAAUGGAAAGCUGGAAGAUGUGCCUCCAACAAGCAGCCCACCCAGGACCACCCUGCUGGGGACCAUUUUCUCUCCCGUCUUCAACUUUUUCUCACCAGCAAAUAAAAAUGGCACGUCGGGAUCGGACUCUCCAGGACAAGCGGUAGAAGCCGAGGAAAUCGUGAAACAGCUGGAAAUGGAGCAGGUGGAUGAAAUCAGCACCAGCACCACCACCUCCACGAACGGAGCGUCCUACACCAGUCAGGGCACGCCUGUCCGAACAGCAGCCAGCAGCUGGUUGGAGUCGGGGGAGGACACUCCAGAGCGAGACAUCCCGCCGCUAACAGCUCCAGUAUCUCCAGAUAGUGGCUACUCUUCUGCACACGCUGAGGCAGCCUAUGAAGAGGAUUGGGAGGUCUUUGAUCCAUACUAUUUCAUCAAACAUGUCCCCCCAUUGACUGAAGAACAACUCAACAGGAAGCCAGCGCUGCCUCUUAAAACCAGGAGUACCCCGGAGUUCUCUCUCGUCCUCGACUUGGACGAAACAUUGGUGCAUUGCAGCUUAAACGAACUGGAAGAUGCUGCGCUUACGUUCCCUGUACUGUUCCAAGAUGUCAUUUACCAGGUGUAUGUGCGAUUACGGCCUUUCUUUCGCGAGUUCUUGGAACGUAUGUCUCAGAUCUAUGAGAUUAUCCUUUUUACGGCGUCAAAGAAAGUCUAUGCAGACAAAUUACUGAACAUUUUGGAUCCCAAGAAACGGCUAGUGAGACACAGACUGUUCCGGGAGCACUGCGUAUGUGUGCAAGGAAAUUAUAUUAAAGAUCUAAAUAUCCUGGGGAGGGAUCUUUCUAAAACAAUCAUCAUUGAUAACUCACCACAAGCCUUCGCAUACCAGCUUUCAAACGGGAUUCCAAUUGAGAGCUGGUUUAUGGAUAAAAACGACAAGGAGCUGCUGAAGCUUGUUCCGUUCCUGGAGAAGCUUGUAGAACUGAAUGAGGAUGUGCGGCCCCACAUCAGAGACAGAUUUCGCUUGCAUGACUGUUUGCCCCCAGACUAGGAAAAAAUAAAAAAAAAGGAACGGCGGUCACCUGCAGGAGCCCCUCCCGGAACUACAAGGGGGGACAUCCAUGAAAUGCCUGCAGGGAGUGGAGCUGCGAAGACGGAAGGACUGAAGCAUACAUGUACACAACCAUUUGCCAUAACUGCUGAAGGCAUUUCUUUUACUUUGCUGUCUGAAAAACAAAAAUAAUAAUAAUUAUUAUAUAUAUAUGAAAAACAAAAAA